CUCCUGCCAGACCUCUGGUUAAAGAACAAGCCGCGGAAUAAGGAGAAGCUGCUCCUGCUGCGGGAAGCGAGAGCAGAUCUGCAGCAGCAGCUCUGAUAAACUCACACUGAAUUAAUCAGCUGCUAGGAUUCUGUAAAACGGCACUCAGGGCGAAAGUGACGCUCUUCAGCAGGUGAGAAAGCCUUGCCCAGAGGAACUUCGGCAGGAUGGUGGAGCAGCAGGCCGACCGGACCAUGGAGCUGUCUGAGUGGGAGGAACGCUGGCAGGAGAAUAAGAUCGGCUUCCAUCAGCUGGAGGUCAACAGGAUGCUGCAGGUCAACUACGACUCGGUGGUGAACGGACGGAGCGGCGUCCGCUUCUUCUUCCCUCUGUGUGGGAAAGCUGUGGACAUGAAGUGGCUGGCGGAUCUGGGUCACUCUGUGGUCGGCGUGGAGAUUUCUGAGAAGGCCAUCAAGCAGUUCUUCCAGGAGAACAACAUGACCUACAGCGAGGAGCCGGUUCCCUCCCUCCCUGGAGCCAGACUCUUCCAGAACUCAGAGAAGAACAUCUCCCUGUAUCAGAGCGACCUGUUCAGCUUCUCCAGCUCUGUGGCGGGUCAGUUUGGUGCGAUCUGGGACCGAGGAUCUCUGGUGGCUAUCAACCCAAAGGACAGGGAGAGAUACGCGGCUCUGAUCAUCUCUCUGAUGGCUGCAGACUGCAGAUACCUGCUGGACACGCUAUUGUACAAUCCCAGCUUGUAUAAAGGUCCUCCAUUUUUUGUCCCCGAUGAACAAGUCCAUGGUUUAUUUGGGAGCAGCUGCAGCGUGGAGCUGCUGCAGUCUGUGGACGCUCUCACAGACAGACAGCGGGCCUGGGGUUUGGACUCUCUGACUGAAAAUGUUCACCUCAUCACCCUGAAGGCACCAAACUGACAGACAACAGUUGUCAGCUGCAGCAGUCCUACCUGUCAGACAAUAAAGCUGUUUUUAACUAAG